CGGGUGUCCCCGCGGGGUGGCCGGGCGCGGACACGGUCCCCGGGCUCCACCAUGGCCAGGUCGCCCCUCGCGCGUGUCCUGCUGGCGUGGGCGCUUGUGGCGCUGCUGGGGACGCCGGCGCGGGCCCGCGGUGGCCGCGGCCACGGGGACUGGGGCCCCGAGGCCCGGCUGCCGCCGCUGCCGCCCCGCGAGGACGCGGCGCGCGUGGCCCGCUUCGUGACGCACGUCUGCGACUGGGGCGCGCUGGCCACCACGUCCACGGAGCCGGCGGUGCGCGGCCUGCCCUUCGCCGACGUGCUGUCGCUGAGCGACGGGCCCCCGGGCGCGGGCCGCGGGGUACCCUACUUCUACUUGAGCCCCAUGCAGCAGCUUGUGGGCAACCUGCAGGCAGACUCCAACGCGACGCUCACCCUGUCUCUGGCCCAGACUAACUUCUGCAGGAAGAACGGGUUUGACGCCCAGAGCCCACUGUGUGCGCACACGAUCCUCUCAGGCACCGUGACCAAGGUGAACGAGACAGAGCUGGACUUGGCGAAGCAGGCGCUGUUCAUCCGGCACCCCGAGAUGAAGACCUGGCCGGCCAGCCACAACUGGUUCUUCGCCAAGCUGGACAUCACCAACAUCUGGGUGGUGGACUACUUUGGGGGCCCGAAGACAGUGACACCCGCGGAGUACUACAACGUCACCUUCCAGUGA